CAGGAGAGAAGAGGAGCUCGUUGUGGGCGAGACCGGCGGGGUGCGUUUUGGCUUUUGCGAAGUGGGCCUGUGAGAGGGAACAAGCAACUGUUGCUGCAGCUGCAGUUGUGAACUUGUGAGGGACGAAAAAAAGGGCGACUUAUGCAGAGUGCACAAUGAGGUUGAAUGAGCAUACAGCCAUCGUGACGCCGAGGGUGACUCUCGUCCCCUACGAGGCCAGACAUGUGGAGCGAUAUCAUGAGUGGAUGAGUGAUCCGGAUAUCCAGGAAGCCACGGCGUCAGAGCCGCUCACGUUGGAAGAGGAGUACGAGAAUCAGCAGUCGUGGCGCACCUCUCACGACAAGCUCACUUUUAUCAUCUGCCAGCCUCUCGAGUCAUCGACGGCGACCACGGAGGCCGCGCAGGCGGGUGAGGUCGAUGCUUCGGAGCGGAUGAUUGGGGACAUCAACUUCUUCAUCUACCCCUACGACGACGACGAUGACGACGAAGAUGCAGAAGGUCAAGUUGCGGCAAACGAGGGCUCGUACGUCGGCGAGGUGGACGUCAUGGUGGCCUCCAAGGAGCACCGCGGCAAGGGCAUCGGUCACGCUGCCGUGAAGACGCUGUUGACGUACGUUCACCGGAACAAGGCGCGGAUCCUCGAGGAGUAUGUCCGGGGAGAGGGCAAGGGCAAGGGGGACAAGAAGGCGCCGGCGCAGCUGAAGGGCUUGAUGGUGAAGAUUAAGGAGGGCAAUGCUGCGAGUAUCGCGCUGUUUCGGCGGCUGGGGUUCGUGCAGAAGGGGGAGGUGAAUUAUUUUGGUGAGAUUCAGAUGGUUCUUGGGGACUUGGAUGAGUUUGUGGCGUCUGAUGCUGGUGUCAAGGCUGCGGAUGAGUAUCGUGAGGUCUCGUAUUCUAGAUAGAUUUUUCGAUGCCGAGGAAUAUAACCCAGCAGCUGUCUACAAUCAUGUGUGUCCAGUCUUAUCCUGUUCUCAUGUCUUCUAAAGUUCCGUCUC